AUGGCGGAUAACAAUAGGCCCGUUCUGUUUGUGAUCAACGGCAAUCGGACGUGCAAAGCCGGAUAUGCGGGAUGUGAUUCCCCGAGCGUUGUCUUCCCCUCUGUUGUUGGGAGGAGCAGCGGGGCAGAGAAGGACGUCUAUGUGGGAGCGGAAGCCCAGAGCAAGAGAGACAUCCUGACCCUGAAGUACCCCGUAGAAUAUGGAAUCAUCCACAACUGGGACGACAUGGAGAAGAUCUGGCACCACACUUUCUACAAUGAGUUGCGAGUGGCCCCUGAAGAGCACCCGGUCUUGCUCACUCAACGACCCAUCAACCCCUUUCACUGCCGGGAGAAGAUGACACAGAUCAUGUUUGAGACCUUCAACACGCCUGCCAUGUAUGUGGCUGUCCAGGAGGUGCUGUCUCUGUACGCCUCGUCUCGAAUCACAGGAGUGGUCCUUAAUAUACGAAACAAUGAUGGUGAAAUUGUGCCCAUCUAUGAAGGUCACAUCUUGCAGCGUGCUCUUAUGCGUGGCUGCCCGUGUGGUCAAGACCUGACUGACUAUCUCCUGAAGCUCCUCACGGAAAGGGGCUACAGCUUCACCAGUGAGGCAAGGAGAGAGAUGGUGAGGGACAUCAAGGAGAAGCUCUGCUACGUCGCCUUGGAUUUUGAUCAGGAGAUGGCCACCGCUGCAUCCUCCCCCUCAUUGGAGAAGAGCUAUGAGAUGCCAGACGGGAAGGUGAUCACCAUCGGGAAUGAGUGUUUUCGGUGCCCCGAGGCCCUCUUCCAGCCCUCUUUAUUGGGGCAAGAGUCAUGUGGCACACAUGAGUGUCUUUUCAACACCAUCAUGAAAUGCGACAGUGACCUCCGUCCAUACCUCUAUGCCAACACAGUGCUAGCAAGUGGGAGCACCAUGUUCCCUGGCUUUGCGGAGAGGAUGCACGCAGAGAUGACAGCCCUGGUUCCAAAGAACAUGAAGAUCAAUAUCAUCAAUCCUCCCGAACAGAAGAACUCAGUGUGGAUUGGGGGGUCCUGCCUGGCUUCUCUCUCCACUUUCCGGGAUAUGUGUAUCAGCAAGGAGGAAUACGAUGAGGCUGGCCCGACCAUUGUCCACCGCAAAUGCUUCUGA